UGCUUUUGUGUGCGUGUCCUGUUAUCUCUGACAUAUCUAUUGAAAACUUCAUGUCUCACAAUCUAAUUCUCAGUUUCUUACAUAGUUUUUUUUAAUCCAGGUGUGUGGGUUCAUCGGGUUUGAAGAUAGACUCGAUUUUGCUGAUAGAAGCGAGAGGUUGUUGUUGUGGUUUUUGUGUGAGUGAGUGAGUGAGUGUCGUUGUUAGAAUGGCUGGGUACAUGGGUGAAGAGAGGAAGCCGGUGUCGACGUAUAAUGCACAUCAGGAUGAGUUUGGGUUCAAGGAGGGGAAUGAUUAUCCUGCUUCUGGAGGUGGAUAUGGUGAUCACAGGCAUCAUCGCCCUGAUGUGCCUUCGAGCACUCCAGGUGAAGGGUAUGGUAGACAGGGUGUGGAGCAUGGUUAUGGCGACCAGAGUGAAGAGACCUUUCAAGAUGCUCCUGAGCGGCUGACUGGCUAUGGUGACACUGACAACGGUGUUGGAGGUCCGAAAUCUGGUUAUGGAGAUUCGAGGGAAGGUACUGCAUAUGACCGUGCCACAGAUGAGCAAACCCAGUUUGGUGUCGGUGGGAAGGAAAACUCUUAUGAGCUUGAAGGGUCUGACCCUCAAUUAGGAGGAACCGAUACAAGUUCAUAUGCUGCUGUGGAUCCACAAAGGUUGGACUCUGAUCGGUCGCCGAUUAGAGCUACUGAGACCGUCCCUGGUGGAGAUGGAUGGGGGCCUGAAGAUACAUCGCGCAUACACGGUGCCAAGAAGGACGGACUCAUGAACAAGAUCAAGGAGAAGUUGCCCGGACAUCACAACACAGCCCAGGGAGAAGUGAGUGAUCCGAAUGCACUGCCGAAAAAGGGCAUGAUGGAGAAAAUCAAGGAGAAGCUCCCUGGACAUGACAGCGGCAGCGCUGACGUGUAAAUUUGCGCUUCGUAACCCCGCAAGCAGGAUGUCGAUUGAGUUUAACCAACAAGGACAAUCGUUCCUGUUACUUUUACUUCACUGAUGGGAUUUCCAACACAUUCAAGAAAAAGGAGAUUUAACAAUCAGCUCGAUGGAAGAAAAUCCGAUGAUGCGUUAACUUUCCUUGCUGUAUUUCUUAAAGUGUAAAUGCACAAAUUUUCGGCAUGUGAAAGAUUACAGAGUUUGGGCCAUACAACAUCACUUGCAAUUGUCGACCAUUCCAAGUAUUUUGCCAAACCUUAUGCAGAAGCCUCAUCAAAACUGAUAUAGAUUAUUACUUCAAACACGGUAAAAGUAACUAACAUACGAACCUUGAAAUAGAGAUGGCGUAAUCUUACUGCACCGGACGGCCACUGGAGCUUGAAGUACGAGCAGAGAUAAUUGCGAAUUAAGGGGAAAUGCUGCCUGCUCGAGCAAACGUCUCAAUGACGGUAGACAUCAGGAAAAACACAGAUGUUUAACUUGACUGGCACAGCAACUUGAUUGACAAAAAUCCAAAUCCAGAUCGAUGCAAACCAUAUCCAAGUCUUCUGCACUAGAAAAGACCGGGGCGCUAUUGAAUUAAGCGGGAACCCACCUUCAUUACUGUCCUAAAUAUCCAAAAAUCCUACAGCUUGAAGACAUGAAUUGCUAUGUUACACGGAAUUUAAAAAGCACAGCAUCGCUAGAGUAGUUGACUUCUUUAGUUCACGACGCUCGAAACCCACUUGCAGUGAUCCGAGAGUAAUUUGGAAGUGGCACCUUAUCGAUUCGGUCCCGAAUGCAACGACACCUGCAAAACGGUGCAUUCAGAUAUGAACCUUGGAUGAUGACAGUCCACCAGACCGGGUCAUAAAUCGGUGGAUGAUCUUAGGGCAUGGGGAAGUCUGGAACAUUCGUCUUUGGCGUUAACGGCUUUCUUCGCUUCGCUCAAAAUAUAAACCCUCGCAUCCCUAUGUGAAGUAUCACAGUUCCGCAGUCUGUCUUCCUUCUUGGGUAGUUGUGUACGUACGGGGCGAACGUUUGGCGCUCUUGCUGCAACCUCCUACCGCCUACUUCUAUGUUAGCUUCCCCGUCAAGCAGGCCUUGGAUAUAUUCUCUUGUGUUGUCUCUGCCAAGGGUGGACUAUUUGCUGGACAUGUGGUAUCGGUGGUCUUAGUUUUCUAUUCACUAACUCGGUCUGAACUAUCUUUCUGAUUGUUUCCUUCAUGUGCGGCGCCUUUCUUCAGACAGCUCGGUGUCGGUUACCUCUGCUGUCUUAAUGAUGGGGCCAAAGUUUACCAACAAUUCCCUCCUCCUUGCCUCGCAGGCUGGCAUUGAGAGGCCUAAUGCGUUGGAAUAUUGUUACAAUGGUUCCUUGCGUUCGUGGUCAUGCUGUCAUGCUCUUCUCGAUAUACCAUGUGACUAGAGAUGGGGUAUAGUGGUUUGAAGCGUCUGUCAACCGGGAUUUUUAGGGUUAAAGGUCGGUGUGGACCCUUGAUUGUGUGCUCUGUUUGUCUCUCACCUGAGCCUUUGACCUUACGUUUUCAGAUUGUAUGUGAGCACCGUGAUAUAGUUGCAUAUGCUUCGGAACUGCCCUCUCUGAGCUAUGAGUUCUGUGAAGAUAGAAUCCUAGGUUUGUUUCUUAAACAUUCACAGUGGCCGCGUAAAGCUUUCGCCCUGCCGGGCUUCAGAUCUAAUGCUGCCUCCAGUCUUCCUUGGAUAUCUGUGGCAUCAUGUUCCAUGGCUGCAAAGACUUGUCUAAAGUCUUCACUAAUGCUCACAUAGAUGUCUUUGUCGUAAGCUCGCUGGUAGCCAGGUGAUGUGACCAAAUCGGUCGACCUUGAUGCGGACAGACUGGCGUUGCCAUAUCUGACAAACUGGUUUCUGAUGGCUAUGCGCUUGAAAUUCUCAACGCAGCAGUGUUCUAGGUGGAAUUGCUGAUGUAUUUUGCAUCUUAUAUACUGAUUACAGGAUGGCUAUUCUGUGCCUUCCAAGUAUGAAGAGAUGCGACAUGGAUAUCCCCUCAUUGGUACAAGCUGCUCACUCACUUGUGUAGCUUUCAAAAUGGUGGGAAGAUUCUUAGUUUUGAAGCAGUGAUGACAUCAAGCUAGUUGCUGAGAGUUUCUGAUGUGGAUAGAGCCCAUUUGAGGAAACCGAUUAAAAUGCCUGAGCUUCAAAUUCCCAUCUCUGCCAUUUGCAGUUGUGAAAUACAGAAAUCGAUCAGUAAAAUGACAAUCUGACUGUCUACGUAUCAUUAUCUUUAA